UCUAGAAACGUUUGCAUUUGUUUUGUAAUUAUUUGAUGAAUGAAUUUGAUCUAGAAUUUUUCAAAGGAAUCUUGUUAUUUAUUUAUUUCACAUGAUUUUAUAAGGUGUUUUUAAUUUCUGAUGAUUUCCUGUUCCUAAAGUUGAAUAAUGGAUGUUAAGUCUUCUGGUAAGCUGAAAUUUUGUGAUACUGAUGACGUGGUACUUUUUUCUCGCCAAGGUUUUUGAUGAAUCUUGUUACAUUAAUCUGACUAUUGUAUGAUUUUUAAUGGAUUUAUCUGUGAUUUGCAACUACUGUAUACUUUUUUUUAUUUCAAAAUAAUGUGGUGUUUGAGAAUAAAUCCCAAUACUGUUUGAGGCAAAGAAGUUUAAUUCUUUUCGGACAAUGUCAAACGCCACUUCCUUGCAAGUUUAUGUGGAUGAAUUUGACCGUUACAUGCUUAAGGCAAAAGCAUUCAAGCUAGAAGAUGAAAAAAUAUUCGACCAUAUCCUAAAUCAUCUUACCUUGAUCAUAUAUUUGUUGAAAGACAAUUCCUACUCCACAAAAAGAGAAUUCUACUACUCAGACAAGGAAUUAUUUGAGUACAAGCAGGAAAAUUCUGAUGAGGCACUUGAACAUAUUGCAUUGUUACUUUACUGCUGCAAGGAUUGUUUACCAGUAUACGCCGACAAUCGUGGUAAGGUUGUUGGCGAGUUACAAUUUGAAUACGGAGGUUUGGAAAUAGAUUGUAGAAAAACGGAUCUGCUUGGGCAUCCGAUCCCACUCCGUGUUGAUUGCAUGACAAAAAUGACGAAGAGGGAAGCACUCUUCAUUUUGUUGGUUGAAAGUGUUGCCACACUUGUAAGCCUUCAUUCGGCUGGAUUUGAGCAGCGCUUCCCGUGUAUCAUAGUCGCUGGAUCCGGGGUACCGGAUGUUUGCAGCAGAAAAUUAGUGAGGAAGCUAAGUUUGGAUUUAAAGUUGCCGGUAUUGGCACUUGUUGAUGGAGAUUUAUACGGAUUCCGCAUAUUAACAAUCUAUAACAAGGGGUCCCAAAAAAUGGCGUACGACAGUGAAAACUUAACAACUCCCAACAUUUAUUGGUUGGGAGUUAGGCCAUGUGAUGCAGACCACUACGAUAUACCUUCAGGUUGUAUAAAACAAUUGAGCCCAACGGAGUUGAAAUCGGUGAAAAGCUUGAUGGCAAAACCUUUUAUGAAGAAUCACCCUGAUUGAGAUGUAGAGUUAGAAAAAAUGUGGGAAACAAAAACAAAAAUUGACAUAAAGGCGGAAAAUAAAGUUGGUAUGAAAUGGUUUGCUGAGACAUAUUUACCAGCUAAAUAGAAACGAAAAGAUUGGAUAAUAUAAGCAGAAUAGAAAUGAGAGCUGAUUUGUUGAAAACUGAAAAGGGAUUAGAAAAAGUUGGAUAUGAAAUUCCACCGUUGAAGCUCAUUUCUUCCAUCUCCAUUGAAGAUUACUCUCAUUUCCUUGAAGAUUCAUGAUGAAGACUGGUACUUUAGAUGAUUUUGAUUAUGAUGUAAUUGAUCAAUGUAAUUGAGUUUAGAAUCUUUUGAAUUGUAUGGAUAUUAUGAUCAUUCAAUCAAUCUUGAGUUUAAUAAUUUUCAUAAA